CUAAAAAACCAGUGACUGCGUUGGGCAGAGAAAGCUGGAGGGAGGGGGUCAAACCAAAGUGGUCUGAUAAAUUGCUGUGAUGUGAAACGUAUUUUUCAUAAUUUUAGUCAAGUGUAUGGGACAGAAACAGCCAUUUGAAAGCACUCUCGUUAGCAGGUGCGUCAUUUUAGCUAGUACAGUGAUUGAUGCCUCCUGCAUGUGAAUUUUUUUGGUUACAUUUUUUUUUCUUGGCAAAAAAAGGUCUUCUGCAAAUGCAGGUACGUGGGCCAAAAAGAGUGUAAUUGUUUUUCUUUGCGGCCUCUGGUAUCCCGCCUGUAUCAGCAGACAAACUUAUGCCAAUAUGAUGUGUCUUCUUCAGGGGAAGGUUUUCCUAAUCCAGGUGUCCCAGAAGAGUGUUUUCUGCCACAGAGAAGGCUUUAUUGUCUCAGGUGCUCUUCAGGGAGGCUCCUGCACAGAUCCAAAGUCACUAUAAUAUUUAUAAUUGUUCACUCCUUCCCGGGUGGGUGACAAUGCCUGUCGAAAGGAUGCGGAUGCGCCCCUGGCUGGAAGAUCAGAUCAACUCCAACAGGAUACCGGGGCUGAAAUGGCUGAAUAAGGAGAAGAAGAUUUUUCAGAUUCCCUGGAUGCAUGCCGCAAGACACGGGUGGGAUGUUGAAAAAGAUGCUCCCUUAUUUAGAAACUGGGCAAUUCACACAGGAAAAUACCAGUCAGGAGUAGAUAAACCCGAUCCAAAGACAUGGAAGGCAAACUUCCGUUGUGCUAUGAACUCCCUGCCUGACAUAGAAGAAGUGAAGGACAAAAGUAUAAAAAAAGGAAACAAUGCCUUCAGGGUGUACCGGAUGCUGCCGUUAUCUGAAAGACCUUCCAAAAAAGGAAAAAAAACGAAAUCCGAGAAGGAUGACAAAUUGAAACAAAUUAAGCAAGAGCCAGUUGAAUCAUCUUUUGGAAUUAAUGGGCUAAAUGAUGUCACUUCUGACUAUUUCCUGUCCUCCAGUAUAAAAAAUGAAGUUGACAGUACAGUGAACUUUGUAGUUGUAGGACAGCCGCACCUUGACGGCAGCAGCGAGGAGCAGGUGAUAGUUGCCAACCCACCUGAUGUUUGCCAGGUAGUGGAGGUGACAACAGAAAGUGAUGAGCAGCCCCUCAACAUGAGCCAGCUGUACCCCCUACAGAUCUCCCCUGUCUCGUCCUAUGCAGAAAGUGAAACAACCGACAGUGUUCCAAGUGAUGAAGAAAAUGCAGAGGGACGACUUCAUUGGCAAAAGAAAAACAUUGAAGGCAAACAGUAUCUCAGCAAUCUGGGAAUGAGGAACACUUCUCAUAUGCUUCCCAGCAUGGCGACUUUUGUAGCCAACAAGCCUGACCUCCAAGUCACCAUCAAAGAAGAAAGCUGCCCACUGCCUUACAAUAGCUCCUGGCCCCCUUUCCCAGACAUCCCUCUGCCGCAAGUAGUGUCCACAGCCUCCACAAGCAGCAGCCGGCCAGACCGCGAGACACGGGCCAGCGUCAUCAAGAAAACGUCAGACAUCACCCAGUCAAGAGUCAAGAGCUGCUAAGCCUUUGACAGUGUGGGUUUUUUUUAGCUUUGUUUUGUUUGGGUUUGUAUUUUACGUUUCUCUAGGAGAGGUUCAUCCCUUGACGCACACGAGACAAAUCUAAGGUAAAGCCUUGGCAAUAAAAAAAAAAAAAAACAUUGCUGUGUCCGACUCCAGCGCCGGAGUGUUUUUAACUCAGGACUCCAGCUGUCAGUAUGUACACCCGAACCCAGGCGGAUUUCCAAGGUUGCUACAUAGGAAAACAACCCAAGAACUUUGGCCCACUCGCAGGUUCCAGUGUUUCAGAAGAGGACCAACUGACCACAAGGGAAGUGGUGCUGCUGCGCUUGCUGUCAAGGCUGUGAUGGAACUGAAAGCCUCAGAAUGGAAGAGAAAAUGUGAACUAGCUGGAAUAUUUUUAAAUAAAGAAAAAUCUAUUGUGAAUAUUGUACAUAGUGCAGUACUAGCAACGUUGCAGUCUGCUUCUGCACCUUAUUAAGAAAGCACUUACAAAAGGCCUUUUAUUACCUUGCUCUACUUAAUGGCACAUUGAAGGUCCCUCCCCACUUGUAUUCUUUUCCAAGGCUAUUCUUGCUAAAGUGUCUUUAAAGAAUAGAGGAAAGGAAAGGAAGUUAAAACUUCCCAUGUGGAUUUCAUACAUUUUAAGACUGCUUUUCUCAUGUUUGUUCCUAAUCUGCUAUGCUUGAAUGCCGCGUGGUACAAUAGGAAAAAAAAAAAAAGAAACCUAUUACAGAGAUAUUAUGCAAAUUCCCAGAUUUAAAAAAAGAAGAAGAAAAAUACUCUAAUUCUAACCAGAGCAAGCUUUUUUAUUUUUUAUACAGGGGAAUAUUUUAUUCAAAGUAAAAUUCUAAAGUGAAUAUAAUUUUUUUUAAUCUUUUCUACAGCAAAUUUAUAAUUUUAAGAUUCAGUCCUUGGUUAUCAGCAGUUAUUACAUCCUUGUGGCACAUUUUUUUUUUUAAUUUUGUAAAGGUGAAAUAGCUUUUAUGAGCUCAUGUAGCAAUCAGAUUAUCCUGUGGAUUGAUAAUAAAUAUGGUAUAUAGUUAAAUUUUUAAUAA